AUGGUCGCCAUAAUAGGAGGCAUUGUAAUGUGUCCCCCCAUCGUCGCCGCCCUCGGCACCAGCGGAGCCAGCGCAGUAACAGGCGCAGCUCUUUCAGGUGCCGCAGCAAUCGAAGGUAUGACUGCCGGAGCCGCCGUAGUAGCAGUAGGCGAAGGUGCACUCGUCGCAACGGGGGCUGCAGCCGGUGGCAGUAGUGCUGGUAUCGCCCUCGCCAUAUUGGCAGGACCUAUUGGGUGUCUUAUUGUGGGAUGUGAGGAUAUGUAUAUUUCAUCAGUUGAGGAGGAGGAGGAUGAGGAGGGGGAUAAUCCUGGGAUUACAUGGGAUUGUUGGAAACCUAUUGUUCAUGAUAUGUCGGUGAUGCCGUCUGAGGGUGUGGCACUGAGGGAUUUGGCUGUUCAUCCGAAUGUGAAGGUUGUGAAUAUGUUGACGUCUUCGUCUUUGCUUGAUGACGAUGCUGGUCGGUUUUUGGUGGAGAAUGUUUUUGGGGAAAGGUUUUGUCUUGGGUAUGUUAAUGUUGGGGGGACGUUGGCUCUUCAUGCUUCAAGGAUUUCUUUGAUGUGA